CGCAAAAUUUCGUGGGAUUCAUGAACAGUAACCUACGUUUUUGUUUGGUUACCAAACAUUGUUACGUCUGCGUUUUAAGACAAACACUGUAAGCUCUCAUACGCAACCGUUAGAAUGGCGGAGAAACAGUUGAUCGUGGCCGUUGAAGGCACUGCUGCCAUGGGCCCUUUCUGGUCGAUCAUCGUUUCUGAUUACCUUGAAAAGAUCAUCAGGUGUUAUUGUGGCAACGAAUUGUUAGGGCAGAAGGUCCCUACUUCCAUUGUUGAGCUCUCAAUUGUCACGUUUAAUUCUCAUGGAUCAUAUUCUGCUUGCCUAGUACAACGGAGUGGCUGGACAAGAGAUGUUGAUAUCUUCUUACAGUGGCUAUCAGCAAUUCCCUUUGCUGGUGGUGGUUUCAAUGAUGCUGCAAUUGCAGAAGGGCUUUCUGAAGCUCUAAUGAUGUUCCCUAUUGAUCCAAAUGGAAGCCAAACUCAAUCAAAUAUAGACGAGCAAAGGAACUGUAUUCUUAUUGCUGCAAGUAACCCACACCCAUUGCCCACACCAGUAUAUCGUCCACAAAUACAAAAUUUGGAGCAGAUUGAAAAUAUUGAUGCACAGAAUGAAAGUCGUCUAUCUGAUGCAGAGACAGUUGCUAAAUCAUUUCCUCAGUGCUCGGUUUCUCUUUCAAUCAUUUGUCCAAAACAGCUUCCAAAACUUAGGUCAAUCUACAAUGCUGGGAAGCGCAACAGCCGAGCAGCAGAUCCACCUGUUGACAGUGUAAAAAAUCCUCAUUUUCUUGUGUUAAUCUCAGAGAACUUUAUGGAGGCUCGUGCUGCAUUGAGUCUUCCUGGAGUUACAAGUUUGACUUCUAAUCAAACUCCUGUAAAAGUGGAUAUUGCUUCAGUUACUUCUGUAACUGGGCCAGCUCCAACUUCUAUUCCGUCAGUGAAUGGAUCUAUCACAAAUCGACCAACAAUUUCAGUUGGAAAUGUUCCCACUGCAACUGUGAAAGUUGAGCCAAGUACUAUAACUUCCAUGGCAAAUGGACCUACUUUCCCCCAUAAUCCUUCUGUUCCACGCCCUGCAUCUCAAGGAGUUCCAAUCUUGCAGACUUCUUCACCAUCUACUACUACUCAAGAUAUGGCAACAAGUGGUGAUGAUGUGCAGGACUUGAAACCAAAUGUCAGUGUGAUGACUCAGUCUGCACGUCCUGGGCCUCCUGCUGCAGCAAAUGUGAGCAUUCUGAACAAUAUCUCUCAAGCACGGCAAGUGAUGAACUCUGCAGGCUUAAGUGGAGGAACUUCUUUAGGUCUCCCAUCAAUAAAUCAAACUUCUGUGGCCAUGCAUAUGUCAAAUAUGAUUUCGAGUGGAAUGGCAUCUUCUGUGCCUGCUGCCCCAACUGUAUUUUCAUCUGGGCAACCAGGUGUCUCUUCGAUAACAGGGUCAGGGACUCUUACUGGGACAACGCAAAUUGGGCCAAACUCUGGUCUUGGAUCAUUCACUUCUGCUACUUCUAAUGUGUCUGGAAAUUCAAACCUUGGGAGGAUUUCACAACCAAUGGGUAAUCUUCAAGCAGGUGUUAGCAUUGGCCAAUCAGCACCAGGCAUGAGCCAAGGAAAUAUUUCAGGAGCACAAAUGGUACAAAGUGGGAUGGGUGCAAACCCAAACACAAUGAGCGGUCUGGGUCCAUCAGGUGUCUCUUCUGGUUUGAACACGAUGAUUCCUACCCCUGGAAUGUCUCAACAAGUACAAUCCGGGAUGCAGCCUCUUGGUGCAAACAAUAACUCAGCAGAUAAUUUGUCAAUGUCACAACAAACAGCAGGGGGCUUGCAACCACCACAAUCAAAAUAUGUCAAAGUCUGGGAGGGAAACUUGUCUGGGCAACGGCAAGGGCAGCCUGUCUUUAUCACCAGAUUAGAAGGUUAUAGGAGUGCUUCGGCCUCGGAGACGCUUGCAGCAAACUGGCCACCGACAAUGCAAAUAGUUCGGCUUAUAUCUCAGGACCACAUGAAUAACAAGCAAUAUGUCGGAAAGGCUGAUUUUCUAGUUUUUCGGGCCAUGAAUCAGCAUGGAUUUCUUGGACAACUCCAAGAGAAGAAGCUUUGUGCAGUAAUCCAGUUACCAUCUCAGACAUUGCUUCUCUCUGUUUCUGACAAAGCCUGCCGCUUGAUAGGGAUGCUUUUUCCUGGGGAUAUGGUUGUGUUUAAGCCACAAAUAUCCAGUCAGCAGCAGCAGAUGCAAAUGCAACGGCAGCAGCAGCAGCAGCAGCAGAUGCAACAACAACAACAACAGCAACAACAUCCACAACUGCAGCAGCAGCAACAUCAGCAGCAGCUUCCACAAUUGCAACAGCAGCAGCUGUCGCUGCUGCAACAACAGCAGCUGUCGCUGCUGCAACAGCAGCAGCAGCUUCCGCAAUUGCAGCAACAGCAAAUGGCUGGAACAGGAAUGGGUCAAACUUAUGUUCAAGGUCCAGGUCGUCCACAAUUAGUUUCUCAAGGACAAGUUUCUUCACAAGGGCCAGCAAACAUGCCUGGAGGAGGCUUUAUGAGUUAAUAAGAACUACAAUUCAGUAGGGAGCAGAAUGCACCUUUGUAACAGAGAACGAUUCUAUCACUCACAUAGAUAAUUCUUUGAUAAUGUUCUUUGUCAAGGCUGAUGUGUAGUAGCAGAAACCUUCAUGAACUUGAUCUUUGAAAAAGUUGCCUGGCUUCCACUUCAUAUAAUGACGCAAGUUUUCACGCUUGUGCUCUCAUGUGAUCGAGAUUUUCAUCAUUGCUAGUCAUUUCUGCUAUUCUAGAAAGUAAAUUAUUGUUAAGGUUUUAA